CCGCAACUUCCCUAGCCAACCUCAACUUCUAUUCUUUUUCAUCAUGGAUCUCCAAAUCACUUCUUUUACCAUCUUCUCUGCUUUUCUAGUUUUCAUAUUUAUGCUGCUGAAAAUAUGGUCUAUAUCAGCAACGAGCACAAUUGCCCCUCCCGGUCCGUGGAAGCUACCAUUUGUGGGGAAUGUGCAUCAAAUGAUUUCUUCUCUUCCCCAUCAAAGAUUAAGAGACUUGGCUGUGAAAUAUGGACGCUCCCUAAUCCACCUUCAACUUGGCGAAGUCUCUCACUUUGUUGUUUCUUCUGCAGAUGUUGCGAAACAAGUGAUGAAAACCCACGACACCAUUUUCGCUCGAAGGCCUUACCUCCUCGCUGCAAACAUUUUAUCAUAUAAUUCUACCAGCAUUGCAUUUGCACCGUAUGGAGAGUAUUGGAGACAAAUGCGAAAGAUUUGUACAUUGGAGCUAUUGAGUGCACGUCGAGUCCAAGCUGCGGUUUCAAUCAGGGAACAAGAGGUAGCGAAACUUAUCGAAUCGAUUUCUUCAACUAAAGGAUCAAAGAUCAAUCUCAGUGAGAAACUAAGUUCAUUGACAAUUGACAUUGUUGCAAAGGCAGCAUUCGGUGGGAUACACGAGGAGCAUGGCAGACUUAUACCACUUCUUAGAGAAAUGAUAGAGUUAGGGGCCGGCUACAGUUUGACAGAUCUUUUCCCUUCAAUCAAAAUUUUUCACAUGAUUAGUGGGAUGGAAGCUAGACUUGAGAAGCUGCAUUCACGAAUAGACAAGAUACUCGAAAACAUUAUAAGCGAACACAAAGUGAAAAGGGUAAAUUCAGACACAGAGGUAGCAAAUGAUUUGCUGGAUGUUCUGUUGAAUGUUCAAGACAGUGGAGGCUUUGAGUUCCAAUUAACGACCGACAACAUCAAAGCAGUUAUCCUGGACAUUUUGCUUGCUGGUAGUGACACAACAUCUACAACUCUAGAAUGGGCAAUGUCAGAACUGUUGAAAAAUUCCAACGUAAUGGAAGUGGCGCAAGCAGAGGUGCGUCUAGUCUUCGACACCAAAGGUUAUGUCGACGAAGCAGGUCUUGCUCAGCUAAAAUUCUUGAAGUUGGUUAUUAAAGAGACACUAAGGUUACACCCUCCUCUUCCAUUGCUUCUUCCAAGAGAAUCUAGCGAGAUAUGUCAGAUUGCUGGAUACGAGAUACCUCUCAAAUCGAAAGUCAUUAUCAAUGCAUGGGUGAUCGGGAGAGACCCGAAAUAUUGGCCAGAAGCAGAGAGGUUCAAUCCAGAGAGAUUCCUCAAUGGUUCAAUUGAUUACAAGGGUGUUAACUUUGAAUACAUUCCAUUCGGUGCUGGAAGGAGGAUAUGUCCCGGCAUGUCCUUUGGAACAGCUAAUGUCGAGCUUACGCUCGCAAAAUUGCUUUACCAUUUCGAUUGGAAACUCCCUGAUUGUACCAAAAAUGAAGAUCUAGACAUGUCUGAAACUUCUGCUGCUGUAGUUCGGAGAAAAAACGAUCUCCUCUUAGUUCCGAUUCCUUACCAUCCCAGGACCGUAACAUGAGGAGAAUCCAACUAAAAGACAAUUCAGAUUCCUUAUCAAGGGCGUGCUGUUACUGUAUUAUGUUGAGUUAAAUAAGAUAAUGGUUGUUUAUAUGCAAACCUGUAAUGUGUUGACAUUGGUCACACUUCUCUUUAUGCAUAAUGCUGAUGAAAAUUGUGGAUUAAACAAUUGGUAUUAUUCCUUUUA